AUGAAUUCUCUCAGUGCAGCAAACAUCAAAUUUUGCUUUGAUAUUUUCAAAGAAUUGAAGAAGAAUGAAAAAGGAAAUGUUUUCUAUUCACCUUUAAGCAUCUCAGCAGCAAUGGGCAUGCUAUUAUUGGGACUCGGAGGUAACACUGCAAGUCAAGUAAAGAAGGUCCUUCAUUAUGAUGAAGUUGCAAAAAUGAAAAGACCAAGUGUCAAAGAGAGUCCCAGCACAUCACCAGGGGCUGCCUGUGAUAAACAUGGAGAGUUUCAUUCCCAGUUCCAUGCUCUUUUGGAAGAAAUUAAUGAGCCCAAUGAUGACUAUUCACUGGCCAUUGCUAACAGUUUAUUUGGAAACCCGAAAUUUCCGUUUCUGCAGUCAUAUUUAGAUUGUGUAGAGAACCUUUAUCAAGCAAGCCCAGAAUCAAUGGAUUUUUCACAAGCUCCAGAAGAGAGUAGGGAGAAGAUUAAUUCCUGGGUUGAAGACCGAACAAAUGGAAAAAUCAAGGAACUAUUUCCUCCAGGAACUAUUGAUGCAUCUACCAUCCUGGUGCUUGUGAAUGCCAUUUAUUUUAAAGGAAAGUGGGCAAUGGAAUUCAAGAGAGAAAGUACUAAAAAAGAACUUUUCAUGACAAACAAGGAUACUAGCAAAUCUGUUCAGAUGAUGAAACAGAAAGAUUUCUUCAAUAUUGGAUACAUCCAGGAAUGUCAGGGGAAGAUAAUUGAGCUACCAUAUACAAACAACCAUCUAAGUAUGUUUGUACUGUUGCCAACUGAAACUGAUGGUUUAGAGAAGUUGGAAGAAGAACUAACUUCUGAGAAAUUAAUGGAGUGGAUAAAUCCUGAAAAUAUGACUAAAAAGGAAGUUUUUUUAAGCUUUCCUCGGUUUAAACUAGAACAAACUUACUCUCUUGGUUCCACAUUGGAAGCUAUGGGAAUGAGAGAUAUUUUUGAUGCACAAAGUGCUGACUUUUCAGGAAUGACAACCCACAAGGGCUUGUCUGUGUCUAAAAUCUUACAUAAAUCCUUUGUGGAGGUGAAUGAGGAGGGCACUGAAGCAGCAGCUGCCACUGGUAUUGCAGUUGGAUUAAGUGCUUCUCUUGCAGAAGAAUUUAAUUGUAACCAGCCAUUCCUGUUCUUCAUUAGAGACAACAGAAGUGAAAACAUUCUUUUCUAUGGAAGAGUUAUUGAUCCUUGA